AUGGAGAACAGUACAGAGUUCAGUUUGCUGUUGCAGGAGCUAGUGUGGAAUCGGGAAGCCUUGAUGGCGAUUUACCGUGCAGGGCUGAGUGAAACCCUGCUGGAUGAGUUGGCAAGAAUGGACCCUUCUGCCAGUUCCCUGGAGGCAUUGAUGCAAGUGGCCUUGAAGCUCGACCAGCAGUUGCAGGGGCGGAAGCAAGAGAGGGGAGCUGUUAUCAGGCUGCAGGAGAGGCCGUUUGAAAUGCCACACAUUCCAGAGAGAAGGCCUGGGAGCCAAAUGAGGAAUGGUCCGGCAGAAGAGGCUAUGCAGAUAGGUCUCCAGAAAACUCCUUCCAAAUGA